AUGUCUUUGGACUCAUCUCGCUGGGCCAGUGCGCCCACCAAAGCUGAGCCUAAGACGGUCGUAAAGGGACUCAAUUCCAGUCGAUGGGCCACACCUAACGAUGGGGUGGAGCCUGAAAAGAGAGAAUCAUCAAGUGAGAAAGGCUCAGGACGACCUCCAAGGAGACCCCGCCGUAGUUCGGGCGGCGGAGGAAAGCCGAAGCAUGAAGGCGGAUCUGAUGUUAACGCUCUGGCUGCUCGACUGGGCAUGGUUGAUAUCAAAGACAAUGCUGCGUAUUCAUCGAAAGAGAGAGUGGGCCGCGGAAAAAAUGCCUCUGUCAACAGCGAAUUGAAGUCAAAGCCAAAGUCAAAGUCGAUCAAGGCAUCGGCAGAAAAUUCAGAACAUAAAAAACCAGCGAACCCACUCGCCGUCCGACUUGGUAUGGUGGACUCAGGUGAGCAAAGUGAGGAAAUAGACUCCGACGAACCUUCCAGGCCUUCUACAAGCGACAAAGGCCGAAUUUUUGAUCGGAUCAAGCCCGUACGCAGCUCGGCCAACACAGAGGAGCCUCGGCAUGCCGUAGCUCGCUCGAAGCAACCUAAAAGCGAAAUAUUGAAGCGCAAGAUAGAGGAGCAGAGAAAGAUAAGAGCAGCUAACCUCCACAAGGCACAGCAAUCUGACUUGCUAAAGGACUUUUUAAAUGACGAUUCUUAUACAAAUUGGGACGACGAGAUAUAG